GGGAGGCGGGGAGCGGAGGGCCAUGCUGCUCUUCUGCCCUGGCUGCGGGAACGGCCUGAUCGUGGAGGAGGGACAGCGCUGUCACCGCUUCGCCUGUAACACCUGCCCCUACGUGCACAACAUCACUCGCAAGGUAACAAAUCGGAAGUAUCCAAAGCUGAAAGAAGUGGAUGACGUGCUUGGGGGAGCAGCUGCCUGGGAGAAUGUUGACUCUACUGCAGAGCCUUGUCCCAAAUGCGAACAUCCUCGUGCUUACUUCAUGCAGCUACAGACCCGCUCUGCAGACGAGCCGAUGACCACCUUCUAUAAGUGCUGCAAUGCUCAGUGUGGACACCGCUGGAGGGACUAGGGCCAGGCUGGCUCAGCUGCAUCAGUAUCUGCUCACCUGUCUCAUAGUGUAGAUGCCAGCUGGGAGUAUGAAUUGUGUGUCAUGAGAAUCCCCUUUUAGGGUGGAGGGCCAGGGUGUUAGGAAAUGUAGCCCAUUUGCCAAUCAGAGUGGAUGAAGUCGUUAAUGUCCAGGAGGUUUUUGAGUGGGGGGAGGAGACCCAUAACUAAGUGUAUUCUGUUUAAGGUCCCAUUUGUUCAUCUUUUACAUUUAUUGGGCAAUCAACAUUUCUUUACCACAAACCAGCACUCUUAAAAUAUUUGUAUUGUUUGCACAACUUAGUAUAUUAAAUGUCCCUAAAUGUUAAACUCUUAAUUGUAAAUUUAUUUAAUCAAAAUUUAUUCUGACUGUUUCAUAAAAGUGAAGUCUAAUAUUACCUUCUCAGUGUUUUGAAUACCUUAAGAAAUAAGACAGCAAACCCCAAAUCACAGUGAUCCCAAAAUUGACUACUAAGGUUUAAGCAAGUUACAAAAAUGCUAAUAAACAUGGAUUUCAAUUAU